AUGGGUGACAAUGCCAUAUCACAAUUAUUGAAGGCCCUCCUCUACCUCAUUGAAAAUCCAAAUUCAAAAUCAGCGAACAACUCAUUUGGAUACCUGGAGAACAGGGACCUGUUGACAAAGAAGACGAUGCGGCUGUUGGCAGGUCUGCCUGUAAAUGGCCAACAGUUUGCUCCGAACCAGGCAUGGUGCGAGUGGGCAGAGGCCAACGGAUGCCUUCCAGUAUCUGUCAAUGAGCACAACAAUGCCGCCGAUGUAGUUGUUUCCACAACUGAAGUAGAUGAUGUGGAUUGUCUGGUGGGGUUUCGCUUGAAUCCAAAUCUGGAAUUAUUUGCCUGUGUCUACGAGAGCACCACGACUGCAGAAGAAGAACAGAUUGUCCAAUAA